AUGCAGAAUUCAAACAAAAGUGUACAGAAAGUGUUUAUUUCAUCGCAUGCGCCACCAAAGACCAUGGAAGAGCUGCAUAGCCUGUGGAAAUCAAGAAAGAUUUUGCUAAGAAAGCUAAACAGCCCAUUGCUAAAAAUAGCCAAAAAGGCGACCAGAGCCAUUGAGAAAACAGCACUUUAA